AUGCUCGCCGCCCCCUGCCAUUUCAUCACCUCUGCGCCGCCGCCACGUAUGUCUCCGGCGGCGACCUACAUCACCACGCACCGGCCAACAAUCCCACGCGCCGCCGCGGCGACGACUACAACUACAACAACCACCGCCCCGAGGCGAACGCCGACGGUACACCCCGAUUCCGACGCGGCGGACGACGACGCCGCGUUGGCCGUCGGCGACUACCGAUCGCUCUUCACCUCCCAACGGGCGGAGAUCACGGCGCCGAUCAGCCUCCGCCUCGUCGGCGGCGCGUUGCCGGCCGACUUCCCGACCGGAACUUACUACCUCACCGGACCGGGGCUCUUCGCCGACGACCACGGCUCCACCGUCCACCCCCUCGACGGCCACGGCUACCUCCGGUCGUUCCAAAUCGACGGCGGCGGGGUGGAGUUCAUGGCGCGGUACGUGGAGACGGAGGCGCAAGCCGACGAGCGGGAGCCCGACGGCGGCGCGUGGCGGUUCAAGCACCGCGGGCCGUUCUCGGUCCUCCGCGGCGGCAGGAUGAUCGGAAACACGAAGGUGAUGAAGAACGUGGCGAACACGAGCGUUCUCCGGUGGGGGGGCCGGCUCUUCUGUCUCUGGGAGGGGGGCGACCCCUACGAGUUCGAGCCUCGUACGUUGGCCACCGUCGGGAAGAUCGACCUCGUCGGCGGCCGGAAAAGGUCGCCGGAAAAGAGUUUGGGAAGAGCCGGGCCGGAUUUUGCUGACGUGGCUGCUCAUUUCUUGAAGCCGAUAUUGCACGGAAUCUUCAAGAUGCCAGCAAAGAGAGUAUUGGCUCAUUACAAAAUAGAUGUAAGAAGGAACAGAUUAUUGAUAUUGUCGACCAAUGCAGAGGACAUGUUGCUGCCCAAAAGUCACUUCACUUUUUACGAAUUCGACAGUAAUUUUAAUAUGGUACAAAGUCGAGGAUUCACGGUCCCGGACCACCUUAUGCUCCAUGACUGGGCUUUCACUGAUUCGCAUUACAUAUUAUUUGGGAACAGGAUUAAGCUUGAUGUUCCAGGUUCAAUGGCGGCAGUGUGCGGUGUGAGUCCGAUGAUAAAUGCUUUGUCUGUGAAUCCCAGCAAGCCCACCACCCCAAUAUAUAUACUCCCCAGGUUCCCCAGCUCCGGGACUCCUACUCCUGGUCCUACCGUCGUCGAAGCACCCUCUCAAAUGUGGGUCCUCCACGUCGCCAAUGCCUUCCAGCAAAUCUCCUGCGGCGGCGCCGCCACCUCCAUCCACAUCCAGGCCAGCGCCUGCUCUUACCGCUGGUUCAAUUUCCAGAAAAUGUUUGGAUAUGACUGGAAGACUGGAAAAUUAGACCCUGGAAUGAUGAAUCCCCACCAACACAAACACCUUCCACAUUUAGUCCAGGUGAGCAUAGAGUUGGAUUCUGAGGGCAAGUGUCAAAGCUGCGACGUGAAGGAUCUGAACCGGUGGGCCCGAGCCGCCGAUUUUCCGGUCAUCAAUCCGGCCUUCUCCGGUGCCGGAAACGGCUAUGUUUACGCGGCGACGACGUCGGGAUCACGCCGCACUCUGCCGCAUUUUCCAUUUCAUUCGGUCCUGAAGUUGAAUUUGAACGACGGUUCAAGCCAUACUUGGUCGGCCGGCCGCCGGACGUUCGUCGGCGAGCCCAUUUUCGUCCCCGUCGACGGCGGUGGAGAGCAAGAUGGGUAUAUCCUUGUAGUUGAGUAUGCAAUGGCGAGGGAGCGGUGCUUUUUGGUGGUCCUGGACUCCCGAUUGAUUGGGGUUGAUGGUCGUGAUCCUGUGGUGGCCAGGUUUGAAGUUCCCAAGCACCUCAGGUUUCCUCUCGGAUUUCAUGGCUUUUGGGCUCCGGGACCUUGCAAUGAUUUCAUUUAG